AGGCCUGAGCUCUUUCCCCAGAGGUGCCUGCUGGGAUGGAGGAGGCUGGCCAGAGCAGGGAGGAGAUUUCUGCUCAAACGCCUUCCAGGUGGCCCGAGGCAGCCGGGAUGACAGCUCUCUCCAGGAGCCCUGCUACCUGCUGAGAAACAUGAUCAGCAAGUCCCGUGAGUGUUUCCAAGUGCUCCCCCACCUUGAAGGAUACGACCCCCUGAAGUGGUCUUCAGCAGCAUCCUGAGACCUCUGUGGGUUGUAGAGGGACAUACAGGGCGCCAGGGCCCCUCACUUCACUCUGAAGGACAGUGGAAAUGUUCAGCCCUGCUGGAAGGCUGGGGCCAGCGCCUCUGUGCAUGUGCCCUGCAGGCUGGAAGCUCCUGGCCAUGCUGGCGCUGGUGCUGGUCGUCAUGGUGUGGUAUUCCAUUUCCCGAGAAGACAGGUACAUUGAGCUUUUUUAUUUUCCCAUCCCAGAGAAGAAGGAGCCAUGCCUACAGGGUGAGGCGGAGAGGAAGGUCUCUAAGCUCUUUGGCAACUACUCACGAGAUCAGCCCAUCUUCCUGCAGCUUAAGGACUAUUUCUGGGUCAAGACGCCCUCAGCCUACGAGCUGCCCUAUGGCACCAAAGGGAGUGAAGACCUGCUUCUCCGGGUCCUGGCCAUUACCAGCUACUCCAUUCCCGAGAGCAUCCAGAGACUGAAGUGUCGCCGCUGCGUGGUGGUGGGGAACGGGCACCGACUGCGCAACAGCUCGCUGGGCGACGCCAUCAACAAAUACGACGUGGUCAUCAGGCUGAACAACGCGCCGGUGGCUGGCUACGAGGGUGACGUGGGCUCCAAGACUACCAUGCGCCUCUUCUACCCCGAGUCUGCCCACUUCAACCCCAAAGUAGAGAACAACCCUGACACUCUCCUCGUCCUGGUGGCUUUCAAGGCGAUGGACUUCCACUGGAUCGAGACCAUCCUGCGUGAUAAGAAGCGGGUGCGAAAGGGCUUCUGGAAACAGCCUCCCCUCAUCUGGGAUGUCAACCCCAAACAGAUUCGGAUUCUCAACCCCUUUUUUAUGGAGGUUGCAGCAGACAAACUGCUGAACCUGCCAAUGCAGCAGCCGCGCAAGAUUAAGCAGAAGCCCACCACAGGCCUGCUGGCCAUCACCAUGGCCCUGCACCUCUGUGACCUGGUGCACAUUGCUGGCUUUGGCUACCCAGACGCCUUCAACAAGAAGCAGACCAUUCACUACUAUGAGCAGAUCACGCUCAAGUCCAUGGCAGGGUCAGGCCACAAUGUCUCCCAGGAGGCCCUGGCUAUUAAGCGGAUGCUGGAAAUUGGAGCAGUGAAGAACCUCACUUACUUCUGACAUGGGCAGAAGUAACUCAGUCUGCCUACUCUGCUGCCUGAGGGACCCCCAUCCAUGGCUGUAGGGGUGCCCGGUGCCAUUGUGACCCGUUUGGACUCACCGUCUGUCCUCUGUGGGGAGGGAGUCCCGGGUCUAGCCAUGUGUGAGAGAAGGCCAUGUCCCGGCUGCUCUUCAGAGGCCAGAUGCAGCCAGGACAGGUCCUGGAGUUGAGGGAGCACAGUCAAGGCACAAGGUAUACUGCUGUGGCUUCCCCUCUCCGCCAGCACCGGAGAUUAUUUAAUGGACUAUUUAAUGAAAGGGUAAGAAAGGGCUGUGGGCUGGCCCCAUGGCCAGGAUAUGCAGCAUACUACAGUGUUCUGUAG